AUGUCACAGAGACACCACGCCCCAAAACAAUUAUCUCUAACCAAAGUAGAAACAGUUAAUUCAUUCGAAAACUGGUGUCAAAAUAUAAUGUACACGUUGUCACUCGAUCCCUACUUCAGCCGUUUCUUGGCCGACAGAUAUACGUGGAAUAAGAAGUCCCAUACAGAACCCAUGAGAGGUUUCGCUGACGAUGUUGAAAAUAUCCCAGUAAGACAAAGUCUUACAGCUCAACAUAAAAGUAAUUACUUAGAUUUGAUGUUGGGACAAAUUGCAAAUUAUUACCCCAUCAUAUCUCGCAACACCAUAAUCAAAACCUCCACAUCUUUACCUUGCAUAUGGCAGUCAAUACACCUACAUUUUGGCUUCCUAUCCACAGGGGGUCAUUUUAUAGAUUUCGAUGACAUUCAACUACAGCCAGAGGAAAGGUCGGAAGAACUCUUUCAGCACCUAACUGCAUUUGUAGAAGACCAUCUACUCGCACAAGACAGCGCCAUUACCCACCAUGGUGACCAUGUUGCUGAAGAUGAAGAAAUGUCUCCAUCCCUUGAGAACUUCAUUGUUCUUCAGUGGCUGAGACUUAUCAAGCAAAGAAUCUUGAGGCAUUACCAGAAAAUAAUUCAGAAAACUAUAUGUGGAACAGUCCGACGGACAGACAGACAGAAGGAAGGAGAUGAAACCUAUAGUCCCCUCCAGUUGAACCAGUAAAGGAGUAAACAUUUUUUUUACAAAAAUUUAAAGUAUUAUUAUCCAUGUCUCUAAACCAACGAUAGUCUAAUUACAAAUAAUGGUUGGAGAAAUUAACUACAAAUAAUGGUUGGAGAAAAAUCUGAGAAUUAUGUACUAGUAUAGUCCACUAAAUUGCUGAGGUGUUUUCUAACCAUGAUAAUUUAUGGAUAAAUAGUUUACUACAUGUAGUUUGUGUAUUUGUAGUUCCCCGACCGGCCUUAGUUCGUGUCAUGGUUAAGCCAUUGGACAUAAGGCUGGUACAUGUAGGUACUGGGUUCACAUCCCGAUACC